AUGAUACCUAGUACAAAGGACGGUGUUACGAUACGCCUCAUGACUGAGGAGGAUUACGGCAUUGUAAAGCCAUUCGUGAAGGAUAACUUUUUCGGAUCCGAACCCAUGUGCGCAUCCAGCGGGGAAGAAGUUCACUUGCAAAACGAGAAGGAGAACGAUGCAUAUCAUUUGUGUAUGAUCGCCCAAGACACCUGCCUGGUGGCUCUCGAUGAGAAGAAUGGUGGCCGCUUGGUGGGCGUCGUCCUGGCAGGAUGCCAAGUGCCCCAGGACUUGGAAAAGAACCGCAUUGAUGCGGAGGCCAUGGAAGCAAACUUUUGGGGUCGAGCUAGCAUAUUUAUAUCCCAGAUCGAACGCGAAGCCAACGUAUUCGAGCGCUUUGGUAUCUCCAGAGUGCUCUACUCGCACAUUACCAGUGCCGAUACCUCGAUGCGGGGCAAGGGACUGGGUUCCCGACUCGCCGCCACUUUGAUGGAGGUGGGCCGAUCCAAGGGAUUCCCAGCGAUGGUGGCCUAUUGCACCAGCUUCUUUUCGGCCCGCCAGAAGGAGGCUCUGGGGAUGCAGUGCAUCCACUCCGUCGCUUAUGCCGACUAUAAGGACGCUCAAGGUCGGGCGAUGUUUACACCCGAUGCGCCACACACAACGGUGCGAGUUCUGGCAAUUAAAUUAUGA